CCCUAAAGUCCUUCGCAGCUGAAACAGAAAACAAAACUAGUACUUGGUCAGAUAGAGCCAGUCGACCUCCAUUAGAUAAAUCACCAUGGCAUCUUUGGCAACCUUGGCAGCAGUUCAACCAGCCACCAUCAAUGGCCUUGGAGGAAGCUCCCUCUCCGGGACUAAGCUCGUCGUCAAGCCCACUCGCCAGACCCUCAGACCCAGAAAUGUCAGGAGUGGUGCUGUGGUGGCCAAGUAUGGUGACAAAAGUGUUUACUUUGACCUUGAGGAUCUGGGCAACACCACUGGAAAAUGGGACUUGUACGGCUCAGAUGCCCCCUCACCUUACAACCCUCUUCAGAGCAAGUUCUUUGAGACAUUUGCUGCUCCAUUCACCAAGAGAGGGUUGCUGCUCAAGUUCUUGAUCUUGGGAGGGGCUUCCACCAUUGCUUACCUUAGUGCCACUGCCUCAGAUGACCUUCUACCCAUUAAGAAGGGCCCACAACUUCCCCCAAAGCUGGGACCACGUGGCAAGCUCUGAUUUUACUUCUCUGGGAUUUUCAUCUUUGAAAUAUUUUCAGUGUAUGUAAUGUAAUUGCUUCUCUAUUUUUGUACUUGUAAAGUUUGUCUAAUGUGGGAGUAAGACCCUUAAUUGAUUAUUCAAGGAUAUCCUUUCUGGUGCAA